UCUACCUAUGGAUCAAUCUGGCCCCUCCAGUCCAUCUGCUCCUAAGAAAACUAUUCGCAGGAGGAAAAGGCUGGUAGAUUACAUGGGUGUUCGUACGAGGGCAUUGGGUAAGUUUGCUGCUGAAAUUUCUGUUCCAAGAAUGGGGAAAAGGUUGUGGUUGGGAUCAUAUGAUGCAGCAGACAAGGCAGCUAGAGCAUAUGAUGCUGCCCUGUAUUGUGUCCGUGCUAGAACACCGGUGCAUGCUGAUAAAUCAGAUUCUGAUUUACCAGUUUCUAGUGCAGCUGCUAAGAAGAGGGCAUCUGAAGAGAAGGGGACAGAAGCAGCGUUAGAAGACUCACUUGAUGAUCUUGAAAUGGAUGAUUUCCUGACGCUGGACCUUGAAUGGGUAGAUACCCUUUGAGGUGAUCCAAUGUUUUCAACAUGGUGUCAAGGGAACCAAAGCAUAAACAACCUUUUUAGCUUUCUACUAUUUCCCAUGUAACUUUCAGUUAUGAUUGUGGUUCUUGGAUUAUGCGGAAUUGUGAGAAGCUUGGUUUUGAAGUUCUUAAUAAUGUUAUUUGCUUAUU